AGCCAAACAAACAUUUUCAUUGGAGUGUGGUUGCACACCACACACCACACCACACGAAACGAAUGAUGACUUUUCAGAUUCUUUGCCCUGUGCAGGCCUAGACCUGUCCACUACCUGAAUUACCGAUAGUGGUAAAGGCGACAGUCUCGUUUCUUGUUUCAUACUUAAAGAAGUUUAUUGAAUGACAAUGUCAAAGGAAACGUUCUGAAGAAACUUAAGGAGUGAGCUUGAUUUUCAGUCGCAGUAGCCGCUAGCCGGUUCGCAGUAAAGAGUCAUCAUGCUGUACUGCCCUCCUAACAUUACUCUCAGUCAAGUGUGGGUUGACGGUGGAACUUCACAAUGCUUUAUGGAUACUGUUUCGAAUAGUAUCACAGCAGGAUGGCUUUUGCUGUUUGGAACAAGUCAACUUUGGAUAUAUCGCAAAUGGGGCACACAAGUUUCACAAGCAUCACUCCCAAAAUCACAGCUGUAUGGUCUACAGCUAUUGUUUCUUGUAUUAUUGCCUGUGUUAUGUGUUGUUCGCUUUGCUGUGCAAGCGACACUCAUUAAUGACAAUGUGGUAUAUGGUUAUAUGAUUCUGUCCAUGGUGUUAUCAAUAGUCCAGUUUCCUUUAUCUAUUGCGCUUCUUGUUGUUGAGCGCCACUAUUUGCUACCAUCUGUUCCAUCAAGAGGUCAUGGUCUAGUCCUGUUGCUCUUUUGGAGUUUGCUCUUCAUUUUUGAAAACCUCAGCUUUGUAAAUUUACGGAAAGAUGAUUGGUGGUUCCAUUUAACUACGCUUACAGACAAGAUUGAGAUGGCCUUGUUUGUACUCCGAUAUGUGUCUUGUCUUGGCAUAUUUGUGCUUGGAUUACGAGCCCCUGGCAUUAUGACCUACCGAGAUUAUUACAAUAUAGGUUCUGCUUCUUCUGAAGCUAGAAUACCAAUUGUGGAGGACCCUGAUUCCAGCAAUGUUUCAACCUGGCGUAACUUCUGGAAAAAAGUAAAAAUACUUGCACCUUUUCUGUGGCCGCACAAAGAGAUAUUAUUGCAGUUCAGAGUACUGUUCUGUUUCCUGCUCUUAGCCGGUGGACGUGUUAUCAAUUUGUAUGUGCCCAUAUUUAGCAAGCUCAUAGUUGACAGCAUGACUGAAAAGUCACCAAUCUUUCACUAUGACUAUGUUAUGAUCUAUGUGCUCUUUAAAUUUCUGCAAGGAAGUGGGACUGGUGCAAUGGGCCUUUUAAAUAACUUGCGGUCAUUUUUAUGGAUUCGUAUACAACAGUAUACCACACGAGAGGUUGAGGUAUCUCUUUUCGAGCAUCUGCAUGCUCUUAGUUUGCGUUGGCAUUUGAGUCGCAAAACUGGAGAGGUUCUGAGGGUCAUGGACAGGGGAACAGACAGCAUCAACAACCUGCUUAAUUACAUUUUAUUUAGCAUCUUCCCCACUAUUACUGACAUAGUAAUUGCAGUUGUCUUCUUUGUGUCAUCAUUCAAUGGCUGGUUUGGACUCAUUGUCUUCACAACUAUGGUGCUAUAUAUUGCUGCCACUAUAAUGGUGACUGAAUGGAGAACCAAAUUUCAGCGAAGAAUGAAUCUAGCUAACAAUGCUCAAAAUGCAAGGAGUGUGGAUUCCUUGCUCAAUUUUGAAACUGUUAAAUACUAUGGAGCUGAAGCGUAUGAGGUUGAGGCAUACAAGGAAGCUAUUUUGGUCUAUCAGAAAGAAGAAUGGAAGAAUAGUUUAACUCUAAACAUUUUGAACACUGCGCAAAACCUCAUAAUCAGUGCUGGGCUUCUUGCUGGGUCGUUGUUGUGUGUUCACAUGGUUGUUGAUUUGCACGCCCUCACAGUUGGUGAUUAUGUUCUAUUUUCAUCAUACAUUAUCCAACUUUAUGUUCCACUCAAUUGGUUUGGUACAUAUUAUCGUGCCAUCCAGAAAAAUUUUGUAGACAUGGAAAACAUGUUUGACCUUCUCAAAGAAACUCAAGAAGUUGUUGACAUACCUGGGGCUGGCCCCCUGGCUGUUCGUCAGGGAAAGAUAGAGUUUUGUAAUGUAUCAUUUUCUUAUCUACCAGAGAGAACAGUAUUGAAAAAUAUUAGUUUCACAGUUCCUGGUGGUAAAACAGUUGCUAUUGUUGGGCCAAGUGGAAGUGGUAAAACAACAAUAAUGCGUUUGCUCUUCCGAUUUUAUGAUGUUGAUAAUGGAGCUAUUCUGAUUGAUGGACAAAACAUUAAAACAGUUCAACAAAAUUCCUUACGUCAAAAUAUUGGUGUUGUUCCUCAGGAUACAGUCCUGUUCAAUAAUUCUAUUAGGUAUAAUAUUCAAUAUGCUCGACUGAAUGCAGCAGAAGCAGAUGUCAUUGCAGCUGCCAAGAGUGCAGAAAUUCAUGACCGUAUUCUCACAUUCCCUGAAAAAUAUGACACUCAAGUUGGAGAGCGUGGUCUGAAACUCAGUGGUGGUGAAAAACAAAGAGUUGCAAUUGCUAGGACAAUUCUUAAGAGUCCAGCAAUUGUACUUCUAGAUGAAGCAACAAGUGCUUUGGAUACACAAACAGAAAGAAAUAUUCAGGCGGCCCUUCACAAAGUUUGUGCCGACCGCACGACUGUUAUUGUAGCUCACCGUCUUUCAACAAUUAUCCAUGCUGAUGAGAUUAUUGUUCUGAAAGAAGGUGAAAUAGUGGAAAGAGGAAGGCAUGAAGAAUUGAUCACCCAAGAGAGUGUUUAUGCUGACAUGUGGCAGCAACAGCUGAAGAAUGAUAAUGAAGCUCUGAAGGAGAGUAACUCUGAAGAGAACUCAACUAGUAGUGGCAAAGGGACAAGAUAGUGGAAAAUAAAUGUAUUAGGUUUCUUAAAUUGUUACUGAGGUCCUAUCUCUUCAAUAGGGCUCUUCACUUUUCUCUAAUUUAUUGGUCCUAUACGUUCCUCCUUUACAAUUAUUGUGAAACAAAGUUAUUUACCUAAGUGGUAGAUCAUAUUAGAUGUAAAUAUAUUUUAAAGCAUUCUUUAGGAAUUUGCAUUGGCUGCAUAGACUGAUGUUUUUAAAGUAGUGCCAUUGUAGAAUUUCAAAGCCUGUAUAGUGUAAAUUAAUGAAUUACUAAAGAUCCCAUUUAAUGAGAAUUCAGAUUUUAUUUGUUGACAAGUAGCAGAUUACUUCGGCAUCUACUGUGUGGAUUAAAACGACUGGUUUACUGGUAACAAUUUUUUCAAUUUAUUUUGUUCAACCUUUUAGUCUUAUGAAUUAUCCGAAGAGGUUCAAUCCAGACCCAUUAUUGUGUGUAUUUUCAUAUUGCCUAUUCUGUAGAAGUGUUGUGCAGCUUAAUAAAAUAGAAAAUUAUGAAUUAA